AUGUAUUCGGAUGUAUUUGCAGGUAUAAUGAACCGCACAAAGUCAACUCUCGGUGCCAAGAAGUUGAGAGAGUGGUUCAGAAGUCCUAGCCGUGACCGGAAACUUAUCACGCAGCGGCAAGACAUAAUUGAAUUCCUUCUCAAGCCGCGAAACAGUGACCUAUUCGCGCGACUGACUCAGUGCAUCAAGGCCUCCAAGAACCUCCCGGAGUACUCACUUCACAUGUCUGCCCACAAUAGCAUCCAAAGUCACUUCCAAAUUGAUUCUAAACCCGAAUUCUUGGCCAAGAUUAUCGUACCCACUCCAAUUUAUCAGCUACUACGCCAUAUAAUAUCAUGA